CCAUCGUGUCGGCCGCCGACGGAGGCGGGGCAAACACCGCGGGACCACCAAAUACUGCAUCGUGCAACCAGCCCGCUCUACCAAGAUGAGCCUCUGAUUCGGAGCGUCGUCAGACAGACACCACUUGGGAAUGGACAGGUGCGACAGCAGUCUACCAGGUCGGCCUACGACGUCUACAGUGUGCCAAACGCCGUCGCGCUGAACGAACCCUCAGCCACUGGGCGACUCUCAGCUGCUGUGGAAGUUUCAGGUUCGACCGCUUCUCUGCCUGCCUGUGCCAGUUCCAUCCGAAAAUUCCGUAUUCCCCUAGCUUACUCCUAA